UUUUAAGGAAACACAUAACAAAAUCUAGAAAAUAUACAUACAGAUUCCUUAACAUAAAGGGAUAUACGCCCAGAUUCGUUUGAUGUAUCAGUCAUUAAAGUCUAUAACACAUACAAGGAAAGAGAUAUCUCUGUUCACAUUCCUCUGAUCUUGUUCCCUUUAUAUAAUCACCAAUAACCAUCUCAAUCCUAUAACUUCAAAUCUCCAAAACUACAAUCAGUCUUAUUGAAGAUGAAGCUUCUUCAUGCAUCACUGUGUUUGAUCAGUCUUCUCCUGAUCUUGCCUUCGAUCUUCGCUGAUUCUUCCUCUGGAGAUUUCGAUUUCUUUUACUUCGUCCAACAAUGGCCAGGAUCAUACUGUGACACACAAAAGAGUUGUUGCUUUCCAACUAGUGGCAAACCAGAUGCUGAUUUUGGAAUUCAUGGUCUUUGGCCUAAUUACAAAGAUGGUACUUAUCCUUCUAACUGCGAUAGCAGUAAACCAUUCGAUUCAUCAUCGAUAUCCGAUCUGAUCAGCUCAAUGGAGAAGAGCUGGCCGACACUGGCUUGCCCGAGCGGCUCAGGCGAGGCCUUUUGGGAACAUGAAUGGGAGAAGCAUGGUACUUGCUCCCAAUCGGUUAUCGACCAACAUGAGUAUUUCCAAACCGCUCUUAACCUUAAGGAGAAAACCGAUCUUCUUGGUGCUUUAACUAAAGCCGGAAUCAAUCCGGAUGGAAAGUCUUACAGCAUAGAGAGCAUAAGAGACUCGAUUAAAGAGUCAACGGGUUUCACUCCAUGGAUUCAAUGUAACAGAGAUGGGUCCGGCAAUAGCCAAUUGUACCAAGUCUACCUCUGUGUUGACCGGUCUGGUUCCGGUUUAAUCGAAUGUCCGGUUUUCCCUCAUGGAAAAUGUGGAGACGAGAUCGAAUUCCCUUCUUUCUAAUAAUCAUGUUUUGCUAAUUUCCUAAUCUAUUGAAUCGGUGAUUGGUUUCGUUAUUAUAAUUGAUGCUGUAAUAAAAAAUCUAUGAAAUUUGAGAUUGUUCUCUGUUUAUUGAUUAAUUCGUGGUUUAUAUACUGUACCUUAAAAUCAUCUAUUAGCUAUGGUUGAUUUUAGAAUUACUUAGGAAUGGUUUGGAUUAUUAGGAAAGUUUUGGAUAUAUAUUAAAACAACUUUUGGGAUAAAUCCAAGUUACGUCAAGUCUAUCCAUUGAUUUAAAAUGAAAACUAAUUUAAAUUUUGUAUGAAUCUACUAUAAUAUUUUAGAAGAUAAUUUUAUGCAUUCGGUAUAUCUU